UUUACUUGCUUUGUCAGCGGUGUCCCCGCAGCAGAUAUCUCAUGUUCCUCACCUGCUGCUGACCAGAACCUUGGACUUUUGUCUUAGACAGUGACUUAUCUCAUCAUCAGGACUCCUUAUCAGCUAUUUCCUCUCUCGCAGCAUUUUCUUGGCCAGCCUCUUGCAGACCUUGAGCGGGGGCACGUCGGGUUCACUGUUUUUUUUUUUUUUUUUACCUAGCAGAGAAAGAUGACGUUAAAAUCCAAUAAAAACGAACCUGCUGUCAUACUGGAGCCGGUGAACAGCGUCCGGACAGCCCUCUCAGAUCUCUACCUGGAGCAGCUCCUUCAAAACAAACCAAAGUCUGACAAGGCGUCUAUGGAGACGUAUGAGAAUAAAGGAGCAGAAGUUUACACCAAUGGUAGUGCUCGACACAUGAACGGCACAGGACUGAACAAGAUGAAAGAAGUAGAAUUUGAAAAAAAUCCCUCAGAGCCAAUGGGGGUCACUCUGAAACUGAACGAAAAACAAGGGUGCACUGUGGCCAGAAUAUUGCACGGGGGCAUGAUCCACAGACAAGGGUCCUUACACGAAGGGGACGAAAUAGCCGAAAUCAAUGGAAAAAGUGUGAAAAACCAAAGUGUUGAUCAGCUACAAAAGAUUCUAAAAGAAACCAAUGGAGUAGUCACCAUGAAGAUCAUUCCCAACAUGCAGAGUCGAUCCCGAGCCUGCGAGAUGUACAUGAGGGCCCAGUUUGACUAUGACCCCACCAAGGAUGACCUCAUCCCAUGCAAAGAGGCGGGUCUGAAGUUUCAAACCGCUGACAUCAUUCAGAUCAUUAACAAGCAGGACCCAAACUGGUGGCAGGGCAGAGUGGAAAGCAGUGCUGCUGACUUCGCUGGACUGAUACCAUCCCCAGAGCUCCAGGAAUGGAGGGUGGCAAGUAAAAGCAAGGCCAGAGAGGGCAGCCAGUCCUGCAGCCCAUUCGGAAAGAAAAAGAAGUGCAAAGACAAGUACCUGGCUAAACACAGCUCUAUUUUUGACCAGCUGGAUGUGAUUUCUUAUGAGGAGGUUGUCCAGCUCCCUGCUUUUAAACGGAAAACCUUGGUGCUUAUUGGUGCACCUGGCGUAGGAAGGAGCCAUAUCAAAAAUGCACUAUUGACCAAAUACCCAGAGAAAUUUUGCUACCCUGCACCACACACCACCAGACCCCCGCGGAAGGAUGAGGAGGAAGGGCAGGAGUAUUAUUUCAUCUCCAAUGAAACCAUGACCAAGUCCAUCUCUGGGAAUGAACUGCUGGAGUAUGGAAGCUUCCAGGGAUUUAUGUUUGGUACCAAAAUUGACACCAUCCAAAAGAUCCACGACCAGGAAAAAAUCGCUCUGCUGGAUGUGGAACCACAGACCUUGAAAGUUUUACGGACUGCUGAUUUUGCACCUCUCGUCGUGUUCAUCGCUCCCACCAACACAGCUCCCCAGACGGAGAACCUGCAGAUGAUCCAGAAAGAGUCGGACGCCAUUCUGACCACAUACAGACACUUCUUCGAUGUGGUUCUUGUCAACAACGACGUGGACGAGAGCGUAAAAGGCGUGGAGGAGGCCAUGGAGCAUGCCACCUCCACCCCACAGUGGGUGCCUGUAUCAUGGGUGUACUGAUUCACCAAUGUAAUACCUUUUUGUUUGUUGACAAGCAGUGCAAUAUCACUCCUUACACAAAACCUCUGAGUUAGUGAUGUCCCAGGUGUGUAUGGGUUUACUUUUGCUUAAUGUUAAUUGUCACUGAGAUUUUUUUGCACAUUUGCAUCCAAAAAAAAAGAAGCAAUAUAUUGCACAAUUAUUCGGCAAAUUGUAUUCCUCAGGAUUAAUUUGUAUUGUUGAACAAAUACAAUGCUCUCACUCAAUCUGAAAUGUUAUUGGACGGCAAAGCUGAAUGUUUAGCAGAGGAUAAAUUAAUUUUGUCUUUCUUCGGGUAAUGUAUAAGUGUGCACAAUUAUUAGACAACUAUAAGUGUGCAGAAUUAUCAGGCAACUAAAUUAUAAAAGGAUUUUUUCCAACUCACUUGUUUAUGCUUAAUUUUUGGAUUAAGUGUAACAUUAUGGAACACAAAAUGACAAUUAUAUACCAUUUUUGGCCUUUUAAUAUAGCCUUUUUUUUCAAAAACUGCUGUGAGCCUUUCAUCCAUGGAGUCUGUCAGUUUCUUGAUCUGUUCUUUGACUGAAGCAGCAAACAGAGCCUCCUAAAUGCUGUUCAAAGAGGUGUAUUGUCUUCCCUCACUGUAAAUCUCAUGUUUGAAAAGAACUCACAAUUUCUUAAUAUGACUUAAGUCAGGUGAGGAAGGGGGCUAGGUCAUCAUUUGGUCAUCUUUGAGGCCUUUGCUGACUAGCCAGGCAGUUGAGUAUUUGGAUGUAUGUAAUGAAGCAUUGUCCUGAAUAAAGAUUAUAGCCUUUUGGAAUGCUGAGGGCAUCUUCGUGUACCUCUGCUUAUCUUCAAGAAACUGGCAGCAAGUUUGUGAGAUGAUUUUCAGUCCGUCUUUAACCCAAAAAGGUCCAGCUAGGUCAUCCCUUAUGAUAGCAGUACCUACCAGGACCCCCUUUAUCCACCUUGCAGGCACCUGUUUCGAAGCUCUCGUUUCAUUUGUCUGUAAAACCUUUAAAAAAAUCUGUCUUCAGGUAUUUCUUGGCCCAAUCUUGACAGUUCAACUUGUGAAUCUUUUUUCAGUGGUGGUUGUGUUUCAGCCUUCUUUAUCUUGGCCAUGUCUCUAAUCACAUAGCACCUUGUACCUCAGGACUCUCCAGGUAGGUUGCAGCUCUGGACAUGGUGGCACUGGAGGAUAAUGGGUUCCUGGUAGCUUCACAUUUAAUUCUUCUGAAGUCUUUUGCUGUUUAUUUGCGCCAACAAUGUUGACUAUUUGCAACAAAACGUCCAUUUGUCCGGUUGUCACACCUCAGUAGUUUAACUUUUUCAAAGGUAUUUUACAAUUUUUGACUUUUCUAGCUGCCUAAUAAUUAUGCACACCUUUAUAUAAGGUUUUAAUCACUUGAGGACACACCUUCCCUCAUUGCACAAAUACAUGUCACCUGAAAAUGAAUAAAUCCAAGCUUUCAGGUUUUUAUGGUUUUGAGCUUGGAAAGUAUGUAUAGAAAUAUUGAUAAUGUCAGAAUACUCACUUGCCUAAUAAUUGUGCACACAGUGUAUACAGGUUUGUAACAGUGAGUUGAGAACCUCAUAAGGGAUGUUUGGUUGUUUGAACAUUGUGUGCUUCAGGCUUUCGAGGGGCUAUGGGAUAGUUUUGAUGGUGAUUGUUGGAAUGUGAGCAAAUGCAAAACAGGACCACAACUGUGAAUGAAAUCCUCACUUUUAAAUGACAGGAUUUUUAACGUGUUUAACAUUGACUCUGCGUUCAUUGUAAUCUUUCUUUUUUUCUGUUCUCAUUAGAUUGUGCCAUGUAAUUAAGAUUCUGAAACGGUUGGUUCAUAUAGUGUGUGUAACUCCUUACAAUCAUGUCCUCUGCACAGAACCUUUCAGUCAGUCAUUGAUAACCUCACCUGUCACACCUCAUCAAUAUUGUAUACCUCAUGAGGUACUGUAAAGGCACUUUCAAACAGAAAAUAAAUUUCCCAGCUCUGUUGAA